AUGCCAACUACUGUAUUUGGUGACAAGACUUCCUUGAUUGCAGCUCUAGAGCAAGGUGACUACUCAUCCUCAGGUCCCUACGGUUCAAUUCUGUCAUGGAAUGUACAGGCAGUUGCUGACUUUGAUAGCUUGAUCAAUGGUCUCACGCAUGUGGCAACAUUUAAUGGUGAUGUCAGUAACUGGGAUACCAGCGGUGUGACAACAUUGGGAGCAACUUUCUAUGGUGCAGCAGCCUUCAAUGUUGAUCUAAGUUCCUGGGAUACCAGCAAGGUGUUAGACCUAACUAACACCUUGAGGGGUGCCACUGUCUUCAAUGGAGAUGUCAGUACCUGGGAUACCAGCAGUGUGACCACACUAGAACGCACGUUCAAUGGUGCCAAGGCCUUCAAUAUUAAUCUCAGUUCCUGGGAUACCAGCAAGGUGACAUCACUGCAUUCGUUUGUCAGGGGUGCCAUUGCCUUCAACCAAGAUCUCAAUACCUGGGAUACCAGCAAGGUGAAAGAGCUUUAUGGCGCCUUCGAUACCAGCAGUGUGACAAGAUUGGGAGCCACUUUCAAGAAUACCGCUGCCUUCAAUGGAGAUCUCAGUUCCUGGGAUACCGGCGAAGUUACAAACAUGUGGCAAGCCUUCUGGACUGCCACUGGCUUCAAUGGAGAUAUCAGUACCUGGGAUACCAGCAAGCUUUUAGACAUGUAUCAGACCUUCGAAUAUGCCACCUCCUUCAACGUUGAUAUCAGUUCUUGGGAUGUGGGAUCUGUGACUCAAAUGAGUCAAGUGCUGGAGUUUGCAUCAGCUUUUAACCGUGAUUUGUGUGCUUGGGGUACCAAGAUCACAGGCACUCCACUUGUUGGUUCCAUGUUUGCUGGUACUUCUUGUCCUGAAGCAGCAUCAACUAGGGUCGACUUGGGGGCAUCACCAAAGGGCCCCUUCUGUCACGUUUGUCUACCAUAG